CAGGUGCCACACUAUAUAAUUUCAUGCCUCAAAAAUGUUUAACAGGGACACAUUUUAGCAUGCUCAUUCAGAAUGGAGCAUGUGUUUAUAUUUGUUUUCUUUGCAUUAGUGCCCUUGUGUAUGGCUGCAAGCCCACCGUUACCUGUUGUAAACCCAAUAGAAUGUAACACUACAGAUGCUGAAGCAGAUGUAGCUUUGGAUUUGAUCAAUGAAGAUCGCCGCAAAGGCUUUGUACUGAAACCCCUGCGUGUUGUAGAGGCAUAUGAGCAGCAUGUGCAGUCACAUAAAUAUCCUGCAAGCACUAUCUAUUAUCUAACUGUAGAUGUUAUGGAAACAAAAUGUAGCGUCUUAAGUGGGAAGCUAUGGGAAGACUGUGAAGAGCCAAUGUCCUUCCAUGAAUGGGUAUUUGGACAGUGCAAAGCCAUCAUUCUCAUAUCCUUGCCAUGGAGGGUACAGAAACUGAUCCACUACAGCUGCACUAUUACUUCAGCUCAUCCUAAAGUUAUACUCGGCAAGUGCCCUGACUGCCCGCUUGCAGAUGAAGAAAUCACACCUACAACAUUGGAGGAGGCCAAAAUACUCAUUGCAGAAUACAACAAGGACAGCAACAACACCAAUUAUUUUAAAAUUGACCAUAUAGAGAGAAGGAGAUCACAGUGGGUGGUUGGCCCCUCCUCUUUCAUCGAAUUUAACAUAAAGGAAACUGACUGCUCAAAAACUCAGGAAAAUGUUAUUCUUUCCAACUGCAAUUUUCUAAAUGAUAGAGAGGCGCAUGUUGGGUUUUGCUCUGGCAGCUUAAUAAAGAAUAACUUUGACGGGACAGAACACAAGCAAGUUUCCUGUGAUAUAUAUGAACCAAAGGAUCACCAUUCUCAUUAUCCUGAUUAUCAUGGACCUUAUGCAUGCCAUCCUGAAAGAGUAGAUAACAUACCCGAGGGUCAAGAAAAUCCUGAGGCAGCAGUUCAGGAGAAGUCUCAGAGAUGUAGACACCAUCAUAAACACAAACAUCAUCCUUCACACAAAGGUCAUAAACAUCAUCAUCAUCAUCAUCAUCCCCACCAUCAUGGCCAUCCACCUCAUCACCACCACCACCAUCAUCAUCAUCAUCAUCAUCCAAAUGAUACCUCCUCUGAACGUCAUGAACAUCACCAUCAUCACCCAAACCAUAACUCUACUGAACAUCAUGAACAUCACCACCAUCACAAAAAUCAUUCCUCCUCCGAGCACCAUGGCAGUUCAUCUGAAGAACAUACUGACAAGAAAGCUGACAAGAAAACUUUUAUGAGGAGGUCCAAAGGGGUAGUUCAAAAAGUCACUCUUAGUAAUGAAACUGAUGUUCUUCCAGCUCCCACCAUUCCUCCAUUACCAAGCCGUCCUGGUUUUAGAACUGAGUAUAUUCAGUUCCCAGAAUCUAAAUCACAUCUGUCAACAUGUCCUUGGACAAUUGAAGAGAAACAAGAGAUUCUACCAUUUUUACCACAUGGAAAAUAAUGCAUCAAUAUUUCAAACACAGGUGGUAAAAAAUAAAUUUUUUUCUUUUAAAAA